AUGGACGACUUUCCAUGGGAUCAGGUAAAAUCUGGAGACCUGGAGAGCCUGUUGGUCGUUCUCUUUUCGAGUUCGACAUCUCGCAGAAUUCGUGCUCUCCAGGAACUCCGCGAGAGAAUCGGGUCAGAUCUCCCACAACAAGCCCGUGAGCCUCUCCUUGGGCUUCUCUUCAAGACCUAUCCUCGUUAUGUCGACCGCCCCUCCCGUCAAGCCGUCCAGCAGUGUCUCCGCUCGCUUCUCAAGUCCCCGGUCCCGACCGACGACCUAAAAUAUCUCACACAGAAGCUGCAAGCUGAGGCGUCCAAACUUACAUUGUCAUCUGCCUCUGCGCUCGUGCUGCUGGAAUGGUGCUCGGUUAUCUUACAGGCUCUAAGCAAUGAUCCUGAAACACCGCUUUCGGCUAUAUUAGACAUUAUCGCGGCGGAUGCGAAGGUACUUGAGACUUGUUUGGCCUCUAACCCCAAGCUUCCAUUGAAGCAGUCGGCCCUUAGAGUCACGAGACGUGCGCUGCGAGCCGUUUUCUCGUCGGGAACUUGUGGCGAGGAUGCCGUCCGUCAGUCUACUCGUCGAUUGACAAGCGAUUCUACUUCGGGACAGAGGAAUGCCCCCUUCCUGGGAGUCAUCUCCGGCGUGUGCGCCCGCCUUCCGGCCAAGAAACCUGUCUUAGAAGAAGAAAAGAAGUUGAUUAUCAAUUUCUAUGUCAAAGAAUUAAUCGGGUCGAAAACCGCACCACCAGCUCACAUCGCAGAUGCUCUGUCCGACUUCUUCGUCUCUUUCGUUUCCUACGAGGAUGUGACAUCCGAAAUAAUACCCCCUCUCGAAAAAGCCAUUUUGCGUUCCCCGGAGGUGGUUCUCGGCGGACUGGUACCUUCAUUAUGCUCGUCGCUACCCGAACAGAUGGACUUAUCAGAGAUUCUGCAUUCAAAGCUGUUGAAGCACCUCCUUUCCAGUAUGAAGUCAAACAAUGCAGCCAUAAGACAGGGUGCUGUUCAGUCGUUCGAGUCAUUGCUCUCAAGAUCGAAAACUGAGAGCGUGCUUCUUAAAGUCACAACUGAAGUUGUUGGUCCCUUGAAGACUCAGAAAAUUACAAACCCCGAGCAGCGCGCCGUGUAUGCUCAGGCACUCUCAGCUACUCUGCCUUCCGCUGAUAUUUCGAAGGAGGUGGUUCAGGGAUUUGUUCCUGUGUUUACACGAGAAUCUAACGAAGCUGCGCUGGAACAGAUAAUAAAAGCAUUCUGCAAACAUCUAGCAUUUCUCGUCCAACACAAGAUAAAGGUCAACGAUGAUGUUAUAAACACCAUCGUGAAGGGAUCUGCAGAGAAAAGAAUUCCAUUCCGAAAGCUUUGGCAGCUCAAUGUGGGAGAAUUGCUCUGGAACACCGAUUCAGCGACACUAGUUAGUCCUGAAGUUGAGCCGUUCGUGACCAAGUUCAUGAGUAAAAUGAAGGAUCUGUUCAACGAAGUGGCUUCUAACCCCUUGCCGUCGGCCCAGAAUGGCUCGUUAUCGACGGCCUACAUCUUCCUUGCACUUGCUGAGCGGUUAUCUUCAGUACAGGGCUUCGAUAAGGCCACGUGGGAAGAAUUGGCGGUCCAAAUGAUGGCUCUUAGCCCUAAGCCAUCUCUACUUCUCAACCCAAAAGCUUAUUCAAAGUUGGCCACCCAAGGAGAGGUCGAAUGGGUUACAAGGACGCUUGCAGCUGUUUCGUCCGGAUCUAAGUUUGAGAGUGCAGAAGACGCAGCCAAGAUUGCCUGGGGCCAGGCGUUUAUCUAUGCCAUCACCAUGCCUGGGCUUCAUUCAAACUUCCGAGAGCGUUCCGCUAGCAUCCUGUCAGAAGUUCAUCUUAAACGAGUAGGCUUUAUCGGUCGCAUCGUGGUAGAUUCUCUGUGGGGCUGGAUACUUUCUUUGAGGACUUCUGAUAAAGAAUCUGCGCCAGUCUCUGCAGGAUCAGAAAGCCUGAAGUUCCUUCAUUUGGUUACGAAAGCUAUUUGUUCACCUGUAUCAAGUCUUCCAGAACUAGAGAAAGCCUCUUCAGAAAUGAAGAACCAGCUUAUUGAGCUCCUCGUUAUUGGCCGUCCUGAGAUGAUCCCGAAUGCCUCAUGGAUUACGCUAUGUCUGCGAUCUGGCAUCGAUCCUGGCAACCUCGUCCGUGAAUUCCCCGAUGAGUCUAUGAAUCAAUUGACACGGGUGCAUGAUGACCCAGUUCAAUCCAGGGUUCCUCAAGUCGACGAUGCUAUCUGGAGCGCAGCCGGCGAGUUGGCUUUCGUAGCGCCUGAUACUAUGGUUUCCCGGCUUGUGGCUCAGAUCAAGGACGAUUUGGAUGUUUCGCGUGUGUCCAAGUUCACUCCAACCGACGUUGCCAUUGCUCGGACCCCCGAAGGAACCAUGUUUGUUGAUGUCCUCAGCACCAAGUCGAAGCCUGCUUUCGACAAGAACACUAAAGACUAUGGCAUUCUCAAGUGGGAAGAGGAGUUACGGGCACAACUGGCGGAGAAAAAGGGCCAGAAACAGAAGAAACUGACUGCGGAUGAGCAAUCUAAAGUCAAAGCCCAACUUGCGAAAGAGUCCAAGAUUCGUGAAGAAGUUCUGCGGGCAGCUAAAACGAUUGAAAGAGGCGCUGGGAUCAUGCAGGGUCUUGCAAGCGGUCCGGCAAUUGAGGCGGAUGGUUGGAUUAAUACCGCAGUGGGAUCUUUGCUGUCCCUCGUGAAGGCUGGUGCAGGCUUACUUGCAGGUGAUGUUGUGUCUAGGGCCUAUAUCAAGUGUGCGGAGAAGGUAUCUUCACGUCUGGGCCCAUUGCGAUCUUCCGUGGGCAUUGCGACUCUGCGGGCACUUGGCAGGAGCCAACUUUCCCCCGACAUGGAUGCAGAGCCCCUCGGUCAACUUGUGACAAGAAUUCUUUAUCGUCUGCGGUUUGCAUCUGAACAACGUCCCUUUGACGUCACGUCUCUGGCAUACAUCCUUCCACUUGUUCUGCUUGUUCUGAGUGGAAACGGAAUUGAUGAGCAAAAGGGAGAGGAGGAAGGUGAACAAGUACUGCUUGCACUUGAGUUCCUGUCCUUCCAUUCAGGGUCAUUUACCGACGAACGUCUCCCUCGUGCUGAAGUUUUAGAUCACUUGCUCACAUCAAUGCAAAAGUACACUCAGCAUUAUAAAUUGGUUAAGGAUACUCUGUUCGAUUUCUGCAGGUGUAUCUCACCUACCAUCAGCAAUGCUGAACUGGACGUUCUUCUGCAGGGUGCCAUCGUCUCAGAUGCAUCUGUUCGCACGGCUGUACUGCAGGCCAUCGAUGCCGAGAUUGACCUGACCGACCUAGACUUCUCUGAACACAUUUGGCUAGAAUAUCAUGACCACGUGGAAGAAAACGCCGAAAUAGCCGAGACAAUCUGGGAUGAUAAUGCACUGGAAGUCGAUGACUCUUCCUACGGUAAAAUUAUCCCUUAUCUUGCCUCCAAGGACUCCCAGCUCCGCGGUGCCGCUGCUCGUGCGUUAGCACAUGCCCUUGAGUCCAAUCCAACCAAGUUUGAUGAAAUAUUUUCGGAAUUGCAAUCGAAAUACGAAAGCGAGGCCAAGCCUAAGGAGCCAGAAAAGGAUAUAUAUGGGAUGCCGAAGAAGAUGGACAUGGCCGAUCACUGGGAAUUCCGCAGCGGUAUUGCCCUCGCUUUUACUGCCAUGACGAACGGGUUUGAGGGCGAGCAGAUAGUGUCUUUCCUUAGAUUCUUGAUCGAACGAGGGCCUCUGAUUGACCGAAGCCCCGUGGUCAGAGCACAGAUGGCUGAGAGCGGCAGAUCUGUCAUCGCCGAGCGUGGCCAGCACAAGGUUGAAGAGCUGAUGAAUAUCUUAGAAACGACUCUGGAAACAUCAGAUAAGGGAAGUGAGACCUCUGACCUUCUCAACGAGGCGGUGGUUGUUCUUUAUGGCUCUCUGGCCCGGCAUCUUAAAGCAGACGAUCCGCGUUUGCAAACUGUUAUCAAGAGGCUGCUUGCUACCCUCCCAACUCCUUCUGAAUCUGUUCAAUCCGCUGUUUCUGGUUGUCUACCGCCUCUGAUUAGACUGUCGGGCUCUCAAAGUGCUGGCUACGUGCAAGAGAUGCUGGACCAGCUUUUGCAGUCUAAGAAGUAUGCCACUCAACGUGGAGCAGCUUACGGGCUUGCUGGUAUUGUCAGUGGAAGGGGUGUCUUAUCUUUGCGAGAGUUCCAGAUCAUGGCCCAUCUUCGCGCGGCCACUGAAAACAAGAAGGAACCACAUCAGAGACAAGGUGCUUUAUUGGCCUACGAACUGUUUGCGACAAUCCUGGGCCGCACUUUUGAACCAUAUGUUAUUCAGAUUGUUCCGCAGCUUCUGGCUAGCUUUGGUGAUCCCAAUGCUGAUGUUCGUGACGCUUGUCUUGAUGCGGCAAAGGCUUGCUUUUCCAACCUCAGUUCUUAUGGCGUCAAGAAAAUCCUUCCUACCCUUCUUGACGGUCUUGAUGAUACCCAAUGGCGUAGUCAAAAGGGUGCUUGUGACCUGCUGGGUGCGAUGGCCUACCUUGAUCCACAGCAACUAGCAGCAAGCCUGCCUGAUAUUAUUCCUCCCCUCACGGUUGUCCUGAAUGAUACCCACAAGGAAGUGCGUAAUGCUGCAAACCGGAGUCUCCAACGUUUCGGUGAGGUCAUCAGUAACCCAGAGAUCAAGAGCUUGGUUAGCGUGCUUCUGAAGGCUCUGAGCGAUCCAACGAAGUAUACGGACGAGGCUUUGGACUCUCUCAUCAAGGUUUCUUUCGUCCAUUACCUGGAUGCUCCUUCCCUAGCGCUUGUUGUUCGUAUUUUGGAGCGUGGUCUUGGCGACAGAUCGAAUACAAAGCGGAAGUCUGCGCAAAUUAUUGGCAGUUUGGCCCACCUUACCGAGCGCAAAGAUCUCACCUCGCACUUGCCAAUCAUUGUCUCUGGACUGCAACUGGCUAUCAUCGAUCCUGUACCCACCACUCGUGCUACUGCGUCUAAGGCACUUGGAUCACUUAUUGAGAAACUUGGAGAAGAUGCCCUUCCCGACCUCAUUCCUAACCUCAUGGCUACUCUCAAAUCCGACACCGGUGCCGGUGAUAGACUGGGAUCUGCUCAAGCCCUUUCCGAGGUCCUGGCAGGAUUAGGUACUACGAGACUCGAGGAGACGCUGCCUACUAUACUACAGAACGUCUCCAGCUCCAAACCAGCUGUUCGUGAAGGUUUCAUGACUCUCUUUAUCUUCCUUCCAGCUUGUUUCGGUAACAGCUUUGCGACAUACCUGGGCAAGAUUAUUCCGCCUAUCCUCUCUGGUCUGGCAGAUGAUGUUGAGUCAAUCCGCGAGACCUCUCUUAAGGCGGGUCGUUUGCUAGUUAAGAAUUUCUCUUCCAAGGCUAUUGAUCUCCUUCUUCCAGAGCUCGAGCGCGGCCUUGCAGACGACAGUUACCGUAUCCGGUUGAGCUCAGUUGAGCUGGUCGGUGAUCUUCUCUUCAGCAUUACUGGUAUUACGGCCAAGGCUGAUGGCGAAGAAGAGGAGGAAGAAGCUCACCAGGCCGGACAGUCCUUACUGGAGAGCGCAGCAAUGGGUGUCUGGAAGGCGCUUGUUGCGUCUCCGAAAACACUUAAGGAUAUGGUGCCUACUCUAUCCCAGCUUAUUAUUCGUCGUCUUGGAUCCUCGAACAUGGAGCAGAAGGUCAUUGCCAGUAAUGCACUUGGAGAUCUUAUUAAGAAGGCCGGAGAAACUGUUCUCUCGAGUCUGCUUCCUUCCCUUGAGGAAGGGCUUCAAACAUCGCCAGAUGUGGACGUUAAGCAAGGCAUUUGCAUUGCCUUGCGGGAACUCAUUACUUCCGCAACUCCUGAAGCCCUCGAGGAUCACGAGAAGGUCCUUAUCUCUACCGUUCGGGUGGCUCUUGUUGACAACGAUGAGGAUGUGCGUGAAGCUGCUGCAGAAGCUUUCGACGCCUUGCAGCAAAUCCUGGGCAAGAAGGCUGUGGACCAAGUUCUGCCCCAUCUUCUGCUGCUGUUGAGGAAUGAUGAAGAUGCUGAGCAAGCGCUAUCGGCCCUUUUGACUCUUCUUACUGAACAAACACGGGCCAACAUUAUCCUUCCCAACCUUAUUCCGACAUUGCUCACCUCUCCUAUUUCUGCUUUCAACGCCAAGGCACUUGCUUCUCUUGCUGAGGUGGCAGGCUCUGCGAUGACACGCAGACUCCCCACAAUCCUGAACGCCCUGAUGGACAACAUCAUAUCAUCUACAGACGAUGCUCUCCGCGACGAGCUGUGCAACGCAUUCGAUACCGUCUUGGUAUCCGUAGAUGAAUUCGAUGGCUUAAACGCUGUUAUCAAUGUCAUGCUGUCGCUGAUGAAGCAUGAUGACCAUUUACGCCGUGCUCAGGCGGCCAUUCACCUGAACAAGUUCUUCUCGGAUGCUACGAUCGACUACUCUAGAUAUCACCAAGACUUGAUUCGCGUCUUGCUGAUUUCCUUCGAUGACAACGAUAAGGGUGUGGUCAAGGCUGCAUGGACGGCGCUGAGUGGCCUAACAUCCCACAUGCGUAAAGAGGAAAUGGAGGUGUUGGCCAUCCCCACUCGCCAGGUGCUGCGGGGAGUGGGUGUGCCUGGAGCCAAUCUUCCUGGUUUCAGCUUGCCAAAGGGCAUCACCGCUAUCCUGCCGAUCUUCCUGCAGGCUCUUCUCAACGGCAGUGUUGAGCAGCGUACCCAGGCGGCUCUUGCCAUUGGUGACAUCAUUGAUCGUACUGCAGCAGAUUCCUUGAAACUCUUCGUGACGCAGAUCACCGGUCCUCUCAUUCGAGUGGUAUCUGAGCGAUCAGUAGAUAUUAAGUGCGCUAUCUUCUAUACUCUCAACAAGCUUUUGGCGAAGAUCCCUCUUGCUGUCAAGCCAUUCCUGCCACAACUUCAACGGACGUUUGCUAGAGGUUUGGCAGACACGACCAGCGAAACUUUGCGUAACAGGGCUGCCAAGGGUCUUGGAAUUCUGAUCACGUUGACGCCAAGAGUUGAUCCCCUUAUUGCCGAGCUUAUUACGGGAACUAAGACCGCCGAUGUUGGCGUCAGAAAUGCCAUGAUGAAGGCCCUCCAAGAGGUGGUUGGCAAGGCCGGUGCUAACAUGAACGAGGCUUCCAAGAAUUCUAUUCUUGCGCUCAUUGAUGACGACGCUAGCGAUCAAACGGAUUCUGUGGCCAUUACGAAUGCCAAGUUGCUUGGUGCGCUGGUGAAGGUUCUCCCUCCAGCCACUGCCACCCCUCUUAUCAAGAACCGCGUGCUUACGACACACCCGACGCAUGCAUCAAUCUUGGGGCUCAACGCCUUGCUUGUUGACUCUCCAGCAUCCUUGACGGAGAACUUCGCUGCCGAAACGAUCUCGGUUAUCAGUCAGGGCGUGACAAAUAAGGAUACCUUCAUUGCCGACAACAGUGUUCUGGCGGCUGGAAAAUACCUUCUGAUCGACGACGAGCAUCGCAAUUUCGAGAAUAACAAGGCUAUCUUCGAAGCCUUGGCACCGUGCAUUCAGCCAGGCGCACCCUCCGACACACGUCGUUUGGCGCUAGUUGUGAUGCGGACGGUCAGCCGUCUUCAUCCAGAGUUGACCCGGCCCCAUCUGGCUCUGCUUGCGCCACCAAUCUUCGCCGGCGUUCGCGACAUGGUUAUUCCCGUGAAGCUGGCGGCCGAGGCUGCCUUCUUGGCGAUCUUCUCGGUCGUGGAGUCAGAGAGUGCUGUGUUUGAUAAGUAUAUGGCUGGGCCGGGAGCAGAGCUUGCUCCAGGACCAAAGCGGAGUAUGUCGGACUACUUCAAACGAAUUGCGCUACGUCUGGCUAGUCAAUCUCGGGAACGCAAGGAAGCUGAGGGUGGACAAGGCGGCCUGGGUCUCUCCAACGACGAGGUGGAGGAUGAGAAGGAGUUGUGGAGUGUCGGAAAGCCGGCGUAUCUUCAAACUCCUCACUUCUGGAUUCUCACCCGUCGACGAGUGCAACGAACAUCAUCCGCCAACGACCGUCGAUACGCCGACAUCAAGAUGGUCAACCUUCGCACCCAGAAGCGCCUCGCCGCCUCCGUGGUGGGCUGCGGCAAGCGCAAGAUUUGGCUCGACCCCAAUGAGAUGAAUGAGAUCUCCAACGCCAACUCCCGCCAGACCAUCCGUAAGCUCGUCAGCGAUGGCCUCAUCAUCCGCAAGCCCGUCACCAUGCACUCCCGCGUCCGUGCCCGUGAGCUCAACGCCGCCCGCAGAAUCGGCAGAAACCGCGGUCUGGGUAAGCGUAAGGGUACCAAGGAGGCCCGUAUGCCCAGCCAGAUUCUCUGGAUGCGCCGCAUGCGUGUUCUCCGUCGCCUGCUCGUCCGCUACCGUGCUGCUGGCAAGAUCGACAAGCACCUUUACCACGAGCUCUACCACCUGAGCAAGGGUAACACCUUCAAGCACAAGCGCGCUCUCGUUGAGCACAUCCAAAAGGCCAAGGCUGAGCGUCACCGUGAGCGUGUCCUCAAGGAGGAGAUGGAUGCCAAGCGUGCCAAGAACAAGGCUCUCCGUGAGAGGCGCCAGGAGCGUAUCGAGGCCAAGCGCAACGCUCUGAUCGGCGAGGCUCAGGAGUAAAUUCCCUUCCGUUGACAACGUGUUUUGGCGGUGCGGAGGUUGAACUGGGAGGAGAAAUCAAGAGACUGGGUCAGCCUACAGGAAAAGUCUAGGUCGACCAUUUCUGUUUUCUCUCAAUGGCUUUGAUUUCAUCCGGGACGGUUUUUGGUACAAGGGUGAUCCUGGAACGGGGGCUUGGGGAAACAGAAGGAAAUGAAUGCAUCUCUUUUCUUCCAUGGGCCGUCUGAAAAGAGAACCAGGGAAAAGAAUGAAAAAUACCAUUUGAUUAAAGCAAAAACAAUGGCAUGGCGCUUUGUGUGAUACGAAUACUCCGAUUUUUUCAUCUGCAUUCUACCUCAACUGCUCUUCAAUCCUCCCAAAACGCCCGGAUGCUCAAACUUCCUCAACCACCCUUUCUCUCGACCUCCCCGAACCAGGCUGUUUUCUACCGCAUCUAUCUUAUCUCCUAAUGUCGUAACGUUUUACUGAAUCUCACUCGAGGGUUAGGUCAUGUAAAUGUGAAUUGUGUUCAACAUGAGGUCAUAAUCGCUAUGUGAUGUACCUGUAGUUACACCGUCCGCGUGGGUACACGUCUACC